CAGACGUGGGGAGGGUGAAGAGCACCCGGGGUGGCCCCUGUGGGGAACAGGCAGCCGAGCCACCCCCACCUGCCCGCCCCUCCUCUGCGCACACGGAGAGGAGGACGAGGUGAGGAUGGGAGGCAGGGGUGACAGGCAGGGGAGCUCGGCAGUGGAAGUCUGAGCUGGCUCCGUGGGCAUCGGCACAGAGCGCCUGCCUGUGUGAGUGUGAGGGGAGAGGGAGCAAGCAGGGAGGGAGAGGCAGGCUGCGUGGAGAGGCGGAGGGGGGAGCGCUCGCCAGCAUGAGCACGGGCUUCUCUCCCCGCUCAGUUAAUCCGGCUGUCAGUUGGUGUUAACGCUGCAGUUUAAGUGCUGGGAUUCCAAAGGAAGCAAACCUCGCAGGAGGAAGGAAAGAAGGAAGGAACCGCUGGAGGAGAAGAGGCAGAGCCGAGCAAGGAAGAAAGGAAAGGAGGGGGGGUACGCCAAAUCUAUGAUUGGACCUGGGCUUCUUUUUCGCCAAUGCAAAAAGGAAUAUGCAGCACAUCCUUGCCUUCUUCUGCACCGGGUUCCUAGGCGCGGUAGUCGGUGCCAAUUUCCCCAACAAUAUCCAGAUCGGGGGACUAUUUCCAAACCAGCAGUCACAGGAACAUGCUGCUUUUAGAUUUGCUUUGUCGCAACUCACGGAGCCCCCAAAGCUGCUCCCCCAGAUUGAUAUUGUGAACAUCAGCGACAGCUUUGAGAUGACCUAUAGAUUCUGUUCCCAGUUCUCCAAAGGAGUCUACGCCAUCUUUGGGUUUUACGAACGAAGGACUGUCAACAUGCUGACCUCCUUCUGCGGAGCUCUCCACGUAUGCUUCAUCACACCAAGCUUUCCGGUAGACACUUCCAACCAGUUUGUCCUUCAGCUGCGCCCUGAACUACAGGAUGCCCUCAUCAGCAUCAUUGAUCACUACAAGUGGCAGAAAUUUGUCUACAUUUAUGAUGCUGACCGGGGUUUGUCCGUCCUGCAGAAAGUCCUGGACACAGCUGCAGAAAAGAACUGGCAAGUGACGGCAGUCAACAUUUUGACAACCACGGAGGAAGGAUACCGGAUGCUCUUUCAGGACCUGGAGAAGAAAAAGGAGCGGCUGGUGGUGGUGGACUGUGAAUCAGAACGCCUCAACGCCAUCUUGGGCCAGAUUAUAAAGCUGGAGAAGAACGGCAUUGGCUACCACUACAUCCUUGCCAACCUGGGCUUCAUGGACAUUGACUUAAAUAAAUUCAAGGAGAGUGGAGCAAACGUGACUGGUUUCCAGCUGGUGAACUACACAGAUACCAUCCCAGCCAAGAUCAUGCAGCAAUGGAAGAACAGCGAUGCCAGAGACCACACCCGGGUAGACUGGAAGAGACCCAAGUACACCUCUGCGCUCACCUAUGAUGGGGUGAAGGUCAUGGCGGAGGCUUUCCAGAGCCUACGGAGACAGAGGAUUGAUAUAUCUCGCCGGGGGAAUGCUGGGGACUGCCUGGCAAACCCAGCUGUGCCGUGGGGUCAGGGGAUCGACAUCCAGAGAGCUCUACAGCAGGUGCGAUUCGAAGGGCUGACAGGAAACGUGCAGUUUAAUGAGAAAGGGCGCCGGACCAACUACACCCUCCACGUGAUAGAAAUGAAACACGAUGGCAUCCGGAAGAUCGGCUACUGGAGCGAAGAUGAUAAAUUUGUGCCUGCAGCCACUGAUGCUCAAGCCGGUGGAGACAACUCCAGCGUCCAGAACAGAACAUACAUCGUCACCACCAUCCUAGAAGAUCCUUAUGUGAUGCUCAAGAAGAACGCCAACCAGUUCGAGGGAAAUGACCGCUACGAGGGCUACUGUGUGGAGCUGGCAGCGGAGAUUGCCAAGCAUGUUGGCUACUCCUACCGUCUCGAGAUCGUCAGUGACGGGAAGUAUGGAGCCCGAGAUCCUGACACGAAGGCCUGGAACGGCAUGGUGGGAGAGCUGGUUUAUGGAAGAGCAGACGUGGCCGUGGCCCCCUUAACUAUCACGUUGGUUCGGGAAGAGGUUAUAGACUUCUCCAAGCCAUUUAUGAGUUUGGGGAUCUCCAUCAUGAUAAAAAAGCCACAGAAGUCCAAGCCAGGAGUAUUCUCCUUCCUCGACCCUUUGGCUUAUGAGAUUUGGAUGUGCAUAGUUUUUGCCUACAUUGGAGUCAGUGUCGUCCUCUUCCUGGUCAGCCGCUUCAGCCCCUAUGAGUGGCACAGUGAAGAGUUUGAGGAAGGAAGAGAACAGACCACCACUGACCAGUCAAAUGAGUUUGGGAUAUUCAACAGCUUGUGGUUCUCCCUGGGAGCCUUCAUGCAACAAGGAUGUGACAUUUCUCCCAGGUCCCUGUCCGGACGCAUCGUCGGCGGCGUUUGGUGGUUCUUCACCUUGAUCAUCAUCUCCUCCUACACCGCCAAUCUGGCUGCCUUCCUGACUGUGGAGAGAAUGGUGUCUCCCAUCGAGAGUGCAGAGGACCUAGCAAAGCAGACAGAAAUUGCCUACGGGACCCUAGAAGCAGGAUCUACGAAGGAGUUCUUCAGGAGAUCUAAAAUCGCUGUGUUUGAGAAGAUGUGGACAUACAUGAAGUCGGCAGAGCCAUCCGUUUUUGUGCGGACCACAGAGGAGGGCAUGAUCCGUGUGAGGAAAUCCAAAGGCAAAUAUGCCUACCUCCUAGAGUCCACCAUGAAUGAAUACAUUGAGCAGCGGAAACCCUGCGACACCAUGAAAGUGGGAGGUAACUUGGAUUCCAAAGGCUAUGGCAUUGCGACACCCAAGGGGUCCGCCCUGAGAGGUCCCGUAAACCUAGCGGUUUUGAAACUCAGUGAGCAAGGCGUCUUAGACAAGCUGAAAAGCAAAUGGUGGUACGAUAAAGGGGAAUGUGGAAGCAAGGACUCCGGAAGUAAGGACAAGACAAGUGCUCUGAGCCUCAGCAAUGUGGCAGGCGUGUUCUACAUCCUGAUUGGAGGACUUGGACUAGCUAUGCUGGUUGCCUUAAUCGAGUUCUGCUACAAAUCCCGUAGUGAAUCCAAGCGGAUGAAGGGUUUCUGUUUGAUUCCACAGCAAUCCAUCAAUGAAGCCAUACGGACAUCGACCCUUCCCCGAAACAGCGGAGCAGCAGCCAAUGGCAGCGGCAGUGGAGAGAAUGGCCGGGUGGUCAGCCAUGACUUCCCCAAGUCCAUUCAAUCAAUCCCUUGCAUGAGCCACAGUUCAGGGAUGCCCUUGGGAGCCACAGGAUUAUAACUGGAGCUGGCAGAAAACCCUUGGGGAGCAGGCUCAGGCUCCCUUAGCCCCAUCCCAACCCUUCAGUGCCAAAAACAACAAAAUGAAACGUCACCACCAACCACCACCGCAACCACAGGAACGACUCAACAGAUUUUCCUGGAGAAUUUAAAGAAAAAACAACAGCAACAACAAAACACUUUCCUGUCCCUUUUCUUUUUUUGAAGUUCUUUCAACCUUUUACGUUUGCUAAGUGAGGAUGAUUAAAAAACAAUGUCCUGAAAUAAGAAGAGAGUUAACUCUGUCUAAUGAAGCCUGUGUCUGAAAAUGGAGUCCGUGGAGCUAAUGAAGAAACUGGACUCUUUUCUUUUAAUUCAACUGUUAAUGUGUCUUAGUGUGUGCAGUUUUUUUCUUACUAAUAUCCAUGGUUUGCAGGUUCUGUUAAGACCCUUACUUCUCCUUCCUUCUCAUUCCCAAACCCCACCUACUCUUCUUCAGUUUUCAUAUUGGAGAUUCAAGAUUCAUUCCACCUUGCAAGGAAGAAAAGGAAAAUGCAACCUUUAAAGCUAAUUCACCCUGGGGCUGUCCAUGUUACCCUCCACUCUGUGGCCCCAAGCCUUGGAUGGAGACAGACACUGUUGGAGAAUUGGGCUGCUUUCCCCAGAUGGAACUCUGCCUAAUCAUUGAUUUAGUCAAGAACACACACACAAAGCAACGCAGAGCAGGGGUGGUGGAUGGAGCAAGGGCAGAUGUGUAGUCAGAGGAGGACUCGUGAAGUUAUUGCUGCUCAGGAAAAGCUUCCUUUGAUGUAUAAAGAGACAAUUCCAUAGGCCAGAGAUGGGAUGGUGUAUUUCUUCACAGAGUCAACUUCAGCCCUGAGAAAGAUGCUCUGCUACGUUCGUGCUCAAAGGCACUGUGGUGGCUAAGAGUCAGUCGGCCUCUCGAAGCAAACAGUCCCUAAGAAGGAAGACAGCCAGGGAGGUAUCACUCAAUUGUCUUUUGCUGGAUGUGGAGCAGGAACCCCAAUGUGGAGAAGACUCUCUCUGUGGAGCCUCUGAUGUGAGGGGAAAUGUUUUGCAAGCAAAUUAUGAAAGAAAGGUGAUGGAAGAAUUGUGGAAGAGGAAGCCUCUUCAAAGCCUAAAAGCAAUACAGCUUUCCGUGAUGUGCCCAUUCCUAGGUUUGGGAGACCAAAUAUGAACUUUAGGGUUAUGGUGAUGCGGUGAACUUGGGUUUUUAUGUUAACACAGAGUACCGUUUGAGUGUGGCCAGAAAAUGUGGUCAUCUUUAGGAACAAAGAUACCCAGAGCCGAAUUAUUUGAAAAAGGAUAGGGAAAUGGAUUAAAUUGAUUACAACUUUAGGAGACUCUGAGAUCCCUGACCACAACCUCUAACUCACAGAGGCUGAUCUUCCCUCUGGCUGAGAUAGAAUGAGGACAUUACCUUUCAGUGAGCAGAAGAGACACACGCAUAUUGCAGCUACAAACCUGAAGUGAAGCAAGACUAGCAAAGUAACCAGGUUCAUGGAGGAAAACCCAGGCUAACUCA